UCAAUGACAACAUCCUGCAGGAAGUGACAUCAUAUCGGAGAGAAAACAACAGUUCAAACAUUAUUAGAACAAAAGUUGGGCCCCGGGCUCCUGCGAGGCCCCCGAGUGAGCACUUUUUGAGGUUCACAGCGCGGUGACCUCUGAGGAGAUACAGGGACGUCCUGAACUCUUUAGCAUCAAAGAGAUCUGCAGGGGGGCGGAGCUGAGACGGAACGCAUCACAAUGCCGGUCCACCUACACUCUCCUGCUCCUCACUCUCCGCAACUCUCCGGUAUCUCAUCAUGUUUCCUGUUCCAGUAACAGCGCACAACUGUCGGAAACUAUUUGCAAAUCAGAACCUACGCACCGAAUCCUCUGAGAACAACAGCACAUUUUACUAGGUUGGCGUUUACCGAGUGGAUUGUUCUCAACCAAGACUUCGAAGAAACCAAUUUCAAGAUGGAUUCUGAUGCAAGCUCCACAUGCAGUCGGUCUUCUUCGCCUGACCUGGCUGUGGACUCCAGCUUUUUCUCCAACAAGAUGUUCCAAGCUUACGGAGAAACGAGGAAAGUUUCCGGGUCCGAGAAAGUUACCGGAAGCUCCGACUCCAGCUCAAAGAGAGAUCACCCCAAAGACGACCAGCAAGAUCUGCGACUCAAAGUGAACAGCCGUGAGCGCAAACGCAUGCACGACCUCAACCAGGCGAUGGACGGGCUCCGAGAGGUGAUGCCCUACGCUCAGGGCCCGUCUGUACGCAAGCUGUCCAAAAUCUCCACCCUGCUCCUCGCCAGAAACUACAUCCUCAUGCUGUCCAGCUCUCUGGACGAGAUGAAGAAGCUGAUCGGCGAUGUGUACGGAGCAAGCCCUCAGAGUCACUCGGCCAGACGGGUAUUACCGCCGACUUCGGCUGCUCCGGCCCCCCAGUUGCAACUGCUCUCGCUUGCCCCGUCCCUGCACUCUCUGGUGGGCAGCACCUCGACCACCACGCCGGGUGUAGCCCACGCCCCUCACUCUCCACCCUCGGCUGGGUAUCUGGGUUUCCACGCUCCACCUCUUUCCACCCUGAUGAAAGACCCUCUGCACCUCUCCAGCGGCUACAGGCAUUUCCCCGGCAUGCCUUGCCCCUGCUCCCUCUGCCAGCCGCUCCCUGCGUCCACAGCCAGCCUGCACAGCCUCUCCAUGGGGAAGUGAUCCAGGCGAGGCCCAGGCUUCAGGCUGGAGUAGGCCGAAGUUGAAUUACAGACUCAAAAAGAACUGAAAACUUCUGGAUGUGUUUCUAGUUGUGUUGUAUACAUUGUAAAUGUCCUGUACAGAAUUUGGUUUUUCUAACAAGCUGCUGCUAUUUUUGUACUGAAGAAUGUUUUGUAAUAGCUGUUUUUUUUUAGUCACUAUAGGCUACUUGUAUGUUCUUUGCAGCAAAAUGGAGAUUGAAAACGUAUAGUUUUGUUUCUUAAAUUAAACUUCUAUUAUUAUAA